UUCCAGAGUUUAGGGACAUUGAAAUUAGUGAAGGAAUGUCGAUAUCCACUACAUUCAGCUGGCCAUCUAGCUGUGGUGGUGAUGCCUUUUGCAGGGUCAUGAAGACCCUCCUUGGAAAAGAGUCGAAACUUAGACUUGAGGGAGCAUUUAGAAAUGCUCGCUAUUAUUCUCUCACAGUAGCAGUACAUGAUGUUACGCUUGGAGGUGGGGUAGUGCUACAGAGAGCAGGCUUGCAGUUUGUUGGUGGAGCUGAACAGUCUAUUGGUCUUGUUGGUAGCAUCCAACUCAAAUCACCCCCAUUUACUCUAAAUGCUGCUAUUAGGCUGACACCUGGCGGUGUGAAACUUGAAGUCUCAAUGACUAGCUGUUGGAAAGGAGCUUUCAAGAUUCCUGUUUUAACUGUAUGCAACCUUCUGAUGUCGAUACCUAUUGCUCCAGUUGCCCCACUAAUAACAGGUCUUGAGUUUGGCGCCCGGAUUGAAAUAGGAAAUCGCAAGUGUGGCAUCAAUAAGCUCCUUACUGCUGAAGCAUAUGUGGGGAUAAAUACGCUCGAUAUACAGCAAAACUAUUUUUAUGCUGAUAUAGGCCAGCUGACAUUUCAGAGAUUUUUCGAUGCAUUUUGCAUACCAGUUACUCUUCCUAGGCCACUUGGAGACAGUAGGUUUCCAAAAGGGUUGAAAACAUCAUUCUCUCUCCUCGGCAAACAGCUCCCUCAUGCAGGAAUUACAAUACCAAUUGGACUCAGAUUCAAAGGAACUUACAGAAUACUUGGCCUUUUCGGCAUCAGUAGAUAUCAAUAUCCAACCAAGUAGGCUGAAAGUAACAGUUGAAUUGCCCCCACUAAAUCUUUUGGGGGUUUUGAAGAUGUAUAGGUCACGUACGGAAAAAUCAAAAGGCCCAUUAUUUCAUGUUGACAUCAGUGCCACUAAAAUGCCAGAGAUUGAAAUCAGUGGCUUUGUUGAGGUGUUGGGGGUGUCGGUUGAAGGAAGGCUCCUUAUAACAAACACCAAGUUUGAGGUCUUUGUUGAAGGCCGAAUUUUUGGCCUAUUUAUUGCAAGUCUUCGUAUCAGCACAGGAUACUCAAAGAAUGUUAACAGUGCACCGUUCGAAGUUGAAGGAAGAUUUAAAAAUGACUUGUUUGACAGAAUUGCAAAAGGAGUGAGGGAUGGACUGCAGAAAUCAGCUGAUGAAGCAGACCGGCACAUCUCAGCAGCUCAAAACAAGAUAAGACAGGUAAAAGGGAAGUUUGAUAGUGCCAUCAAUUCAUUGGAAAGGGCAAAGAGAAAGGUUGAUGAUGCCAAGAAGGUGUUCGAUGUUGCAAUAGGCAAAAUGGAAGGUGCUAGAAGAAAACUUGAUGGUAUCUGCCGUAUUAAAUCAUGUGGAUCAGCUAAAUUCUUCUACGAGCGCCUGGUGAACUACAUGAUGUCGGGGGAGACAGAGGCUCUAGUACUGGCCCACUCCCAGGCCCUCCAGAGGUGGAGGGACCUCAUGGGACCCACUAAACCAAGUCUGGCCCAGUCCCUGGCCCCUGACUCCAUCAGAGCUCUCCACGGACUCACCGACACCAGGAAUGCUGUUCAUGGCUCUGGUCAGUAG